AUGGUGCUGGUUCUGUUGUGCACCCAUCUGUCGUUCCUCUUGCCGACUCUUACGAUCUUCUCACCUUUUCUGGCCAUCCUUCACCUCCGCCUUCUGCACCACAAAUCCGUAAGUAUCGUCAACUUCUACUCACCAAUAACAGCAGCUGAUAAAUCCGAAUCGGACGCGUUUUAUGAGGAGCUGGAGAAAGUGAUCCUCAAGGAAAAGUCAUUCUAUAACUUCGUUCUCGGAGACUUCAACUCAAAACUGGGAAAGGCUAGAAAAGAGGAAUACAGGAUCGGAAGAUUUGGACUACGUGACCGGGAUGAAAACGACAAGAGUUCCGCCGAACUGUUCUUCGCCAGUCGUCUCUUUCAUGCGAAUUCUCUUUCCAUAAAGAAAGAUCAUCGACGUUGGACAUGGAAAUCGGCGGUGCGACUCGUGAGAAGGAAGAAAGUAUCCCAGACAACUGGAAGACUUCGCAGUGUUCUUACCCACAGGAAGGGUGAUGCAAAUGCCCUUCAAAACUAUCGUCCGGAACCUGGUGGAGGAAUUUGGCUCAACGUCGUCUUUUUACGACUGCGGGAUCGCGGAGGACGUAAACUCUGGAUCGUAAGUGCUCACGCACCUACGGAAACCGCUGAGGACAACAGUAAGGACGUCUUCUAUGAUGAACUCAAUGCGUUGAUGUCUAAAAUACCAAGCCAGCAGGUGGUUAUUGUCGGAAUCGACGCAAAUGCGAAGAUGGGACUCGAACAGCAAUCCGACGUGCUAGGAAAAUGGUAUUAUCCAGCGGAGCGCACGUCGGACAACGGUGACCGUCUGGUCGACUUGUGCGAACAGACGGGUCUCAUCAUCGCUUCCACGUUUAAGAGGAAUCGUCGACGCCAUCAGCUCACGUGGCAGGGGUCAACCCUUUUAACACCUGAAGAGCAGCGCAAGCGGAAGAUGAAGACUCUUAAGCUUCAGCUCGACUACGUUCUGGCGAGGAACAUUCCUUAG